UUUACUGUUAUAUUUUAUUGUGAUUUUGCUGUGAUUCGUGUAAAGACUUUUAAAUUGUAUUUUUUGGAGUGGCUCAAAACCACAUUGUUGGAGUAAAUAUGGCUCAAAUAACCCUUAGCCUUACUGAAUAUCUCAGUUACAUUGGUUGUAAUGCGAAUUCAAGGGCAGUGGUUGAAGGAGAAGAGGUGGUUAAUGCAGGCCAUAUAAUCUUGUUUGGAAAAACUGCAUUAACCAAGACUUUCCUGAAAGUGUGUGCUCUUUGCCUGCAAACUAGUGCCUUACAGUCAGAUCCACAUGAAUUAAAUGGGGAAUUAACAAUUUCCAAUAGGUCUGCUUCAAUUAAGCAAAUGUACUGCACUUGUAAAGCCGGGGCUGGUGGACAAUGCAAACAUAUUUCAGCUUUCCUAAUACUGUUAACAAGGCAAAAUCUGUUUGAGUUAGAGGAUAUUUCUCAAACUCAACUUGCAUGUGCUUGGUCUGGCAGAAAAGGAUUUGUACAUAAUAAAUAUAAGGCUAUUCCUGUACUUGAAAUGCCUUGCAUCAGAUCUAAAGUUGGUCUGGAUGUAAGUUCAGAUCUUCAAAAACAAAAAUGUAUAUUUGAAUUUUUUAUCAAGAAUUUACCAAACUGUGCUAUUGCAAAACAUUCAAAAGGACGUGUCAAGAAUUUGGACAGUACUGUAAGCAGUACCAAAUCAAUCGAUUUGGAUGCAGUAGGCUGCAAAAUUUUAAAUAAUGCUGCACAGUCCAUCAUAUUAAUGGAAAUUGCUAGCGUGGAAGCUAAUUUUAUAUCAAAUUGCUGUGCAACACUAUACCGUAGUAUCUUGAAUGAAGAUCAAGAUGAACUAUUCACCCUUAAGCAAAAUUCCCAUGAGUGGCAUGAAGCCAGAAAAUAUCGAAUUACUGGCUCUAGGUGUUAUGAGAUCUACACCUAUGGAGGAAUGGACUGGGAAAUGAAGAGUAAAAAGUACUUUUGCCCGAAAUCUUUUACAAACAAAUAUGUAAAACAUGGCCAAAAAUACGAAAAACUUGCGAGAGAGUGUUUUAUGUCAAAAACAGGAUAUGACGUAAUUGAAUGUGGAAUGAUAACAUCACCAGAAAACAAAUGGUUGGGCUUUUCUCCAGAUGGUAUGGUAGUGAAUUCUGAGGGAAAGCCAGUUGCAUUAUUGGAAAUUAAAUGUUUAUUCUUAGGUGCAACAAUGUCUAUUGAAGAGUGUCUAGGAUCAAGCACCUUCAUCAUAAAUUCAAAUGGGAAAUAUACACUUAAGAAAAAACACCAAUAUUAUGGUCAAAUUCAAUUAGGAAUGAGCAUAUUGAACUUAGAAAAAUGUUUUUUAUGUUUAUAUGCAUCUUAUGAUGACAGUUGUGUAAUAUUAGAGGUGGAAAAUGAUUAUAAAUUUUCCAAAACAAUGUUGGAGAAAAUUAAAAACAAUUAUUUUAAUAAAAUGAUACAUUCAAUAUGUGAGAUGAAAUAAAUGGCCAAUGUCUCAGUCUUUAAUGGA